AUGGCUAAAGUGAAGAAGAAAUCUAAGCCUAAGACCCAUAAAUGCCCUCACUGUUCGAAGAGACUAAGCGAUAAAUACAGUCUUGACCACCAUCUGCAGCUUCACUCUGAUGAUAAACCCUUUGCAUGCACCAAAUGUAAUGCUACCUUCAAAACAAAAAAAUAUGUCAGCAAACAUUUGCGCCGUGUGCACAAAAAAGCUACAGGACAUGAAUGCGAAUUUUGUGGAAAGAAAUUUCAUUUUGAAUCCCUGCUACAAAAACACAGAUUGGUACACACUGAUGAGCGGCCAUACAAGUGUAAAUGGUGCAAAAAGGGGUUUAAUUCAAGGUACACACUCUCUGGACAUAUUUUGAUACACACGAAUUCAAAGCCGUUCAAAUGCUCGUACUGCGAAUACUCGUGUCGGGACAGCUCAACGCUCCGCAGACACGAGGAGAGGCACCGCGGGCAGGUGCCGACCUAUUCCUGCAAGAUUUGCGAGAAGAGGUUCUGUAAAAAGUCGCUGCUGCGGUACCACGUGACCGAGGCGCAUCUCAACAUCGACGUCAAAGUGGUGCCGUGCGAGACGUGCGGAAAGAUGUUCAGAAAUGCUACCGCGCUGAAGGUCCAUGUUAACCAAGUACACAGACGUAUAUUCGCAACGAAGUGUGCAGUCUGCGACCGCGUGGUCAGCAGCAAGCAUAACAUGCAACAGCACAUGCGGUCGCAUGUCGACCUGAGGCCCUACACGUGCACCUUCGACGCAUGCGGCAAGACCUUUAAGGACAAGACGGCGCUCAAGAAACACGAAAUCAUACACUAUCCGGACAAGCAGUUCAAGUGCAAACUCUGCGACAGACUGUUCACCAGGAAGCACAGACUGGACAGGCACAAGCUGCAGCAUAAACUGAAAAAGAAGUCCGUGAUCUGCGAUUAUUGCGGCGUGAGCUUCUAUAACAAAAGCUACCUCUCCAAUCACAUAAAGAGGAAACAUUUGCACACGGAGAGGUUCGUGUGUGACAUUUGCGAUUUGGUGACGUACAGUAAGCCGGGCCUCAUCAUGCAUCUGAAGUACCACAUGACUGAAACGGACACGCAAUGCAGGUUGUGUAAGAAGACGUACAAGACACACGCCUCCCUCAAGCUGCACUAUUGGAACACGCAUUGCAUUCAAUACAAGAAGAGGUCCAGAAACAUCAAGAAGAAACAAAAAGAAUUAUUAAAAAUAGAUGAAGAUGAACUAGAUGCGGUCAUAAAGAAAGAAGUUGCGAGCGAAGACGAUACGGAGUAUUCGAAAGCAGUGCAAGCCGAGGAGCAGAACAAAGCUAGGAAAGGCGGUGCCACAUCGGAGCAACCGCUGGAGGAACUCUUUGUAAAGCACAUACUUGAUAGGAAUCAAAUUCCAAAAAAAGCUCCGGACCCGAACCUCGAUCAAGUAAUGGAGGAAACGGUUCAGAAGAAGAUCAGGAAGCUCAUAAGGAAAUCGCGACGCAAGAAAGAGAGAAUCGAGUUGGAGAAAGUGAGAAGGAGAUAUAACAGACGGAUGGAGAUGCUUAUGAAAAAGAAAGAGGCCACGCCGGUGGAAGUGGAAUCGAAAAAGAGCGAAGUGACGAAAAUCAUUUGCGAGAAAGACGAAAACGGAAAAUUGAAAUUCAACGUGCACCAAUGCUACGUUUGUUUCACGCUCUGUAACUCCAAAGAGGAACUUCUAGACCACUGCCAGACACACUUCGACGUCUGCAAUGCUACGAUGCUACGAAAAUGUCCCCUCUGCGACUUCGUCUCAAAGAUCUCCAUUAAAGCUCAUCUCAAGAAGAGUCACAACAUAAACAUAAGAAUGUAUACGGGCAACAUAAAGGACAAGAAAAGCAACAGCGACGGUUCAAGGUUCUAUUUCGACGUGAAAAGCAAGAGAAUAGACAAGCUCGAAGUCAUCCCGAGCGUCAAAUUGCUGAACAGGGCGGCCUUAGUCGAGCUGGACAGGAAAAACAGGGAAAGCAAGGACAAAAUUAUAGCGACGACUAAAUUGGUUAAGAAGGGUGAGGAGUGGGUAGUGGAGAGGAGGAAAAUGGAUUUGGAGAACUACUUUAUACCGAAGUUGAACGUUGAGAUCCCGUCUAACGGCGACUACUGCGCCAGAAUGAGGGCGCUGAGCGUGGCGGCGAAGAAAAGUGGCGGGAAAAUGCUUUUCCCCUGCGACCAGUGUGAGAAAAUAUGCCGCACCCUAAGCGCGCUAAAACUGCACAUCAGGCGACAUGACCCAAACAGCAAACCGUUCAAGCCGAAGGUCUGGAAGCACAAGAGCGCCACGAACACCGACAACACAAAAACCACUCGCGUCGACUCAAUGAAGCGAUAUAUUAAACCGAAACCGAUCGUGUCGAAACACAAAUGCGAUCCCGAUCUGAUCAAAUUCUACGAGAGUAACGUGCGCGGUGAUAACAUUGAGUUUUGGCAGUUUUUAAAGAUCUACAAUAGAAUGACUAAGGAGAGAGUAGAAGAUUUUUCUGAUCUAGAGAAGAGAAUCGAUUUCGGGAUACAUACCAGUAUUUCCAAUGAUGAUGACACUGGAAACGGUGUUUCGAAUAAUAAUGAAACGGUCAAAGAUAUUGCCAGAACAGGUAAAUCUAAUGUGAAAAAAUGUAGAAAAUUAAAGACUGCGAAAGUGAUAAGAAGGAUAUUGAUAAGUAAGAAGGAGCAUGAGAGAAGAAACGAAAUUAAGAAGCAGAUGAGGGAGACGAUAGUAAAGAUGGCUAAUGAUAAACAUAAUAUUAUGUGA